AAAAAGUACUCCAUGUAGGAAAAAGUACUAGAAACGAAAAACAUGAUUUUCUGGUAAACAGUUGUUGUUUGUUCGAUUCUCAUUUUGUACCAUUUGUUAUCAAUACGACGUCGUCUUCAUCCCCUUCCUCUUCCUCACUCUACUGUAAUCGUUUUCCCCCCUUUCUUCUUUUCUAAGCGCCAGUUUCAUCUUAUUUUCACCGAACCGAACCUCAUGAACAUUCAACCCAAAAUCGAACCCGGUUUACCAUUCGGGUUCACCUUCACGAACCCUAUCAACUUCGAAGAGAAGACGAUUCAAGAUCUCGUCGCAAUAUUGCGCGGAACGUAUCAAGUUGAAACAUUUAAUCGAGUUGAAGGUGUUUUGGUGAGUAGAGACGCGAGUCUCAGAGAAGAGAUUCAACGGUUGCAAGAGAAUGUUGAUUUGGAGAGACGAAAGCUUGAAGAGGAGCUUCACUUUGAGAGACUCACGAGGAUUCAGGGUGAGGUAGAUUUUAAGGAAAGGGAAGAAUUGCAUGAGAAAGAGAAAAGAGGAUUGCAGAAAAGUUAUGAAUCUUUGAUGAUGGAAGUUAAGGUAAAUGGUUUAGCUGAAGGGGUUAGGAUUAGAGAGCUGAGAGAGAAGAACAGUAAGUUGGAGUGUGAAGUUAAGAAAUUGAAGGAAAAAUGUGUUGAUGCUGGGAAUGAAAUUGAGCGGUUAAGCGUGAAGAAUGAUGGGUUAGAGUUUGAGGUUUUGGGGUUGAGGAAGAUGAAGGGAAAAUGGGAGGAAGAUAGUAAUGAACUUGGUGUGUUGAGGAAAUCGAAGAAAAAAUGGUUGGAUGAUAGUGUUGCGCUCGAUGAGGUUAAAAGGAAGGUUCGUGUGUUGGAGGAUGAUAAAGAUGCUUUGAAUAAACUUGAGAUUAAAAAGGAUGAAUUGGAGGGAUCAGUGAAGAAGAGUUUGGAAACUAUUGGUGAGUUGAGGAAAGAAAAGGGUAAGUUGGCGGAUGAGAAGAGACGGGUUGAGAAUUUGCUCAAGUCUUCCAACACCAAGUUUUGCGGACUGAAUGAAAGAGUUGAAAGAUUGGAGAAUGAUAUUAUUCUUUUGCUGAGUGUUGAUGCUUCUGGUGGUAGAAAGAAUGAGGGGGAACCUGCUGUGAAACCUGUUGUUACUGAUUUUGAAGACAAAGAUGAUGAUGUUUGUGGCAACGAGUUUCGAAAUGACACUGUGGAGAAGGCUGAAGAUGCUCACUAUUCUCUUGGAGUUGCUGGCAGUACUCAGCCACAGAACAAAGGGGACAAGGAUGCUCAAGGUGCAUCACCAGGUGAAAAAUGUUGCAUAGUAUACACAAGAAGGCUCAAGAAAACAAUUGAGGUGACAGGGUCUAGCGAAAGUAAGGGAACAAAGAAUUUGGAAAAGAAGAUUGAGAUCAUAAACCUUGAUGAUGAUGAUGAUGAUGAUGAUCAGUGUAUCUCUCGAGGAGUACAUGAAAAGAAGGCUAUUUCUGGAAUUGCGAUGAAGUUUGAGGAUCCAACUCCAAGUUCUUCAGUAGCAUGGCAAUUUGCAAAUCCACUUGACAUGGUAAAAAGAAAAAUUUGUUUCAGCGACAGUGAAAGCUCUAGUUCUUCUUCCUCCGAUGAUUCAUCGUUUCUUGAUAAUCCUGCAAUAAGGUCUGCAGUAUCGCAUGCUAAAAAGAGAAAAAUGUUGUAGGAUUAAACUACUAGCCAAGAUAACCAGCCUAUAACAUUACAUAAACACAUAUCCCAGUCAGCCAUGACCUUUUGUUAGGUUUAAUGAACCAUGAACUCAUCUUUAUGUUGGUUCUUAGUUUUGAAAAUAUGUACAUGUUAGGUUGUAUGUUACAUAUAUGGGAGCCAUGGUACAUUUGUAUCUACUAGAUGUACUUCAACUAAAAAAAUCAGCGUUCUCUAUUA